CCGUGCGCUGUCUGUCGAAGUCGCGUCUGUCGCGUCGAUGUCCGCCUGCCCUAUAUACAGUUUGCAAUGCAUUGUACGCAUAUGUGUUUAAGACUACACAAAACUUCACAACACACGGAAAGACGCAGAUGGGACUGCCCUGGAAUAAAACACGAAUUUUUAAUGUAGAUGUCACUUUUUUGCAGCUUCCCGGAUUUUAUCAGAGAUGACAAUGUAUUCGACACUAUUAUCGACCUGGCAAGCAAAUUUCAAUCCGUUAUGAGGAUGACAGUAUUUGGAAUAAAGCCACAUAUUUGUAAAAAACUGACUGGGAAUUAAUCCGAAUUUCGAGUUGUUCGUCAACACUGCCAAUAGCCAAUACUGGAGGAAGUUAAUGUGGAUUAGAACCCUGUGCAUUAUUGAGCUACAUCGCGUCGAUAGGAGCAGACGCUAGACGGUCGACGACGGCGAGCUGCAUUGCAGCUGGACCGAGCCUUCGCCUUGCCUGGAAAUGGCAGGGAAUAAGAUCAAAUCCAUUGUCAGCAAAAACAAAAUAAGGCUACGAGAUGGAAAUUUUGAUCUUGAUCUCACAUAUAUAUGUCCCAACAUUAUUGCCAUGGGAUUCCCAGCGGAGAGCUUAGAGAGGAUGUACAGAAAUGAUAUGGAACAUGUAGUCAAGUUUCUGAACUCACAUCAUCAGGAUCAUUACAAAGUAUACAACCUGUGCUCAGAGAGGAAUUAUGAUACGUCGCGAUUUGAUCAUCGAGUGGCCCACUAUCCAUUCGAUGAUCAUAAUCCUCCUAGGAUAGAACUUAUUCGGCCAUUUUGUGAAGAUGUCAUGCAGUGGCUGGCCGAAGACAAAGACAAUGUGGCAGCCAUUCAUUGUAAGGCAGGCAAGGGAAGGACAGGGGUAAUGAUCUGCGCCCUGUUACUCCAUCAGGGUCGGUGUCUUACGGCAGCAGAAUCCAUGGAAUAUUAUGGCAAGAUCAGAACUACAGAUGGAAAGGGAGUUACCAUUCCAAGUCAGAGGAGAUAUGUACAGUACUACGGGGAGCUGGUGAAACGCAACACACUAUACAAAACACAAACGGUACUUCUGAAACGCGUGCAACUCUAUACGAUACCUAUGAUGAGCAGUGGAACAUGCUGCCCUUUCUUCACGGUCCACCAACACAAGGUCAAAAUUCAUACUCAGGAAGCUGUGAAGGGGGUCAAGAAAGGGCUGAGCUGUGUUGAGUUUGAGCUGCCCCACGCAUUGCCCAUACGAGAUGACGUGAAAAUAGAAUUCUACCAUAAAUCAGGGCUGCUCAAAAUGGAUAAACGGCUGAUGUUCCACAUGUGGUUCAACACGUACUUCAUUGUGCACCCAAUCCAACCCGACAAGGACUACUUCGGUCAGGCGCGAUCUCACUCCAGGCCCACCAGCACGGUCUCCUGUCCCUCACCCGACCAAGCGAGAGCUCCCUUCGCCGAGGAUGAGAUGCUGAACGGAGGGGAGGAGUUUGUCUUGGAGCUGCACAAAGACGAGAUAGACAAGGCCAACAAGGACAAGACAAACAAGGUCUUCUCUCCAAAUCUUAAGGUGAAGCUGUUCUUUGCAAGAGGUCGUGAGGACCAGGUACCACCCACACCGGAGCCCAGCGAAGGCAACCUUAGUCCUUCGCAGAGUGAGAAUGAUUUACUAGAUGAUCAAGACCUUGAUGAUGGGACAGACUCAGGAGAUGAAGAUUGUAUAUAUGAAACCAGUGAGUCUUCAGUCGUAUGAUAGCGGAACUGUUCGGCGGCGGCAGAUUAUUAACUAUCAGUACAAAGAAAUAUUCCAUGUAUAGAUAGAAGCGGAGAGAGGAGGAUCGUAUAUUAUUGUUCUUGAUAGACUGAUUACCGUACCUAGGGAAAGAGGACACAAGAAAGACUUUGUAAUAGUGGACAGGGUGCUUGUACUUUGAAGAGACAUGGCAAAUGAACUCUAAGAUUGUGCAUCUCUGAGGGAUGUUAGGAUCCUUGGUUUUCCCCAUCUUAACAAGCCUGUCUUGAUCAGAUGAGUAGUUCCUCAGUGGUACCAUUACAGUACCUCUCAUUCAGAUGAGUAGCCCCUAGGUGGUACCAUUACAGCCCCUCUUGAUCAGAUGAGUAGCCCCUAGGUGGUACCAAUAGCGCCCCUUUUGAUCAGAUGAGUAGCCCCUUGGUGGUACCAUUACAGCACCUCUUGAUCAGAUGAGAAGCACUUUGAUGGUACCAUUACAGCCCCUCUUGAUCAGAUGAAUAGACCCUGGGUGGUACCAUUACAGUACCUCUUGAUCAGAUGAGUAGCCCCUGGGUGAUACCAUUAUAGAGCCUCCUGAUCAGAUGGAUAGCUCUUUGGUGGUACCCUUACAGCCCCUCUUGAUCAGAUGAGUAGAACCCGGGUGGAACCAUUACAGCCCCUUUUGAUCAGAUGAGUAGCUUCAUAGGUGGUACCAUUACAGUACCUCUUGAUCAGAUGAGAAGCACCUUGGUGGUACCAUUAGAGCCCCUGUUGAUCAGAUGAGUAGCACCUUGGUGGUACCAUUAGAGCCCCUGUUGAUCAGAUGAAUAGACCCUGGGUGGUACCAUUACAGUACCUCUUGAUCAGAUGAGUAGCCCCUGGGUGAUACCAUUACAGAGCCUCCUGAUCAGAUGGAUAGCUCUUUGGUGGUACCCUUACAGCCCCUCUUGAUCAGAUGAGUAGAACCCGGGUGGAACCAUUACAGCCCCUUUUGAUCAGAUGAGUAGCUUCAUAGGUGGUACCAUUACAGUACCUCUUGAUCAGAUGAGUAGCACCUUGGUGGUACCAUUAGAGCCCCUGUUGAUCAGAUGAGUAGUACCUUGGUGGUACCAUUACAGUACCUUUUGAUCAGAUGGGUAGCCCCUGGGUUAUCCAUGUAACGAUACCACAUUACACGAUGACCUUUCAAACCCUAAGGCGAUGCCGGCCCCCACCACCCUGAUAAAUGAAAUAUCUCCAACCAACUGGAGUGCUUUGCAUGAGGAAUAGAUGCCAGUAUUUUUACCUUCUUCAUUUAAAGUACUAACGCAGUUUUGUGAAAGAUCAAUGAUCGCAUAGUUAAAACAAUAUGAGUGUGAGGCAAUGUUUAUUACUCGGAUUACCAUGAAGUUUCUAAACAUCUCAGUAUUUUAUGUGUUUAUUUUUUGUUCUGUGAAUAAUCAGCAGAAUGGGUUUAAAUUUACAACAGUACCUAUGUAGAUAAAUACUGUCUCACGAGAGAGAGCAAAAUCCAAGCCCAUUUUUUGUCAGAAUUCAUUGGAAUUCAUAUUUCAUGAAUAGCUGUAAUUCAUUUUUUUUAUCCAACUUUUAAUCAGUUAAUUAUCCUUAAUCAAUCUUUUUUUAAAUAAAUGUUAUGAAGCACAUUAA